UCAGACACAUGUGGAGUCAAGUUUAUGGCGAUGCUUGAUCAUGAACCGCUUCUCGUGAAGUGCUUUGCGGAGCAUUAAGAGCGUGUCUUCGAACAACAAAACCGCGAUCACUUCGAGUGGGCCAUGGCUAUUGUGGCGGCUCUGAGGAAGUUCGAAACCCUCUCCGAAAUUGUUAUAACCGACGGAUUUUCGCAACCAACUGCUGCAUCACUUGCCUCCUCUCCGUCAAACAAACGCCCGCUACACGACAUUGCCAGCGAGGAAUCUAUUUCCCGCUUAAUGGCCCAUCCUACUAUAUCGAUGUCGGAUAUGAACGAAGAAGAUCUAUGUGCCACCGCAAAAAUGGCAGGUCUAGUGUUGGAUCUUCUGAGGUCUUUGGAUGUUCAUGUAAUCCAACCUGAGUACCUCCAUGUCAACUUCAUCCCGCAACCUACGUACGAAAGCUUCCUUCACAGUUUCCAGCUCACAGAUGGCAUCCCGCCGUUCAACAAACUGAUGCAGAAUGUUCGGGCCCUGGCAAUCACUAUUCCAGAGGAAAGUAACAUCAUGGACGAACAAGGGCGCUGGCGAGGUGAGGGGUUUGAAGAGGUGGAGGAUUCACUCAGGAGGUUUUUCGAUUAUCUCACUGAUGCUCCAAAUCUUGAAGAUCUCUUCCUCGCAGGUUCAGGAGUCGAGCUACCGGGUGACGACGACGCUUCUCAGACGGAACGAUUCCUACCCACAUGGCAUGUAAGCAAUAUCAUCCAGCCUAAAGCCUGGCCGGACCUCCGAAAAUUCUCCAUUGAGGACAUUUGGAUCGAGCCUGAGACCUUGCGUGGUUACAUCGGAAAUAGGGCGUCACGCCUUAGUCUGUCCUACGUCUUGGGAAGAAGGAUCGACGGCAGCACGCUGAAGAUGUUGCGAAAAAUGGCAAGGAAGGGGCGACUGAAUGUCUCAAGCCUAGGGGCUGAUGGCUUCGAGAUUAAGUUGUAAUAGAUAAUGCCCGCGGCGGAGAGACCUGGCUCAGCCAGAAGCCACAUCGAGGUUAUGUCCUUUAGGCUUC